UUCCCUUGUUUCAUUUAAUUCCCUCCAGCUGUGGUGUGAUUCAUCAGAAACUCAUUUGAACGGCGGGGGCUCACAGUUGGCUCCGCCCCCUUCCACCUGGCCUGACAUCAACAUCUGCACACACCCAGAGUACAUGGUGUUGAGCGGCGUGGUUGCCAUAGUUACUUGUGCGGUAUUCCUCAGGCUGAGUUGCGUGUUGAAGUUGGCUGUCCUCCUGCUGGCCGCCGCCCUCUACACCUACCUGAUAGAAACACACAGGUCUCAUCACCUGUGCAGGAAGGGAAUUUGUGUUGUUCUUAUGGUGAUGUUUGUGGUGGCCGUUCUCUACAACAGCAGACAGCUGGAGGCCACGGCGCGUCUGGACUUCCUGUGGCGUCUUCAGGCGAGGAAGGAGGUGGAAGACAUGAAGGAGCUGAGGGAGCACAACGAGUGUCUGCUGCUCAACAUCCUGCCCGCCCAUGUUGCUCAGCACUUCCUGCAGAGAGACCGCAACGACGAGGAGCUGUACUCUCAGUCAUACGAACGCGUCGGCGUCCUGUUCGCCUCCCUGCCUGGCUUCUCUGAUUUCUACCAACAGAAGGAGGUUGUCCAUCAGCACGUUGAGUGUCUCCGCCUCCUCAACAACAUCAUCACCGCCUUCGAUGAGCUGUUGGACGAAUGUUAUUUCCAGGAAGUGGAGAAGAUAAAAACCAUCGGCAGUUCGUACAUGGCGGCUUCUGGUCUCUCUCCUGACAGACAGGAGCGUGAGGACGGUUGGCACCACCUCAGUGAAUUGGUCCUUUUCGCCCUGGCGAUGGAGGAAACUCUGAAACACAUCAACACUCACACAGGAAACAGUUUCCAGCUGCGAGCAGGUAUUGCUCACGGCCCCGUCAUCGCAGGUGUGAUCGGUGCCACCAAACCUCAGUACGACAUCUGGGGGAUGACAGUAAACAUGGCGAGCAGAAUGGAGAGCACCGGGGUCAGUGGGAGGAUACAGGUACCGGAGUCGACCAGCUGUAUUCUGGUGGAGCAGGGUUUCCUACGGCAGCUCAGAGGGAACAUUUACGUGAAAGGCAUCAGCGAACGUCACGGAAAAGUUCGUACGUAUUUCGUGAGCAGUCAGGGCGAGCGUUCCAGUUACAUGGAGCGCGGCGGUGGGCGGGGCUUCACUCUGAACAGGAACACGCUGGGAGCCGUGGUUUACAGUCUGGUUCAGGCCCGCAAGAGGGAGAAACUGAGGGAGGAAAACGGAGGCUUUCACCUGGUGGAGGUGUCAUAGAAACGACAGACACCGUCCAGGUGAUGUCAUGAUAGCAUUAAUUAGCCAAUCAGAAGAGACUUCCUCUAAUCAUGGAUGCAUCGUCCUCUAUGGUCGGACGUAUGGUGGACGUGGACUCAAAACCAACGACCAAAAACCUCUGACACACUCAACACACACAGGAGUGUGUUUUUAUUUGUUGUUCCACGGACUGACCAGCAGGUGGAGCUGUUUCACUGUGUGAACCAUGUUUUCCUACUUUAUAUACCAUCAGAGGACCUUUUUUUUAAACAAGGACACAAAGGACAAAAGGGACACAGACGACACAGAGGACACAGGACACAAAGGACACAGAGGACACUGAUGACACAGAGGACACAAAGGACACAGAGGGCACAGAGGACACAGAGGACACAGCGGACACUGCUGUUAAGUGAAGAAAAUUGUUUUUUAUAUAAAUGAACGAACAUUUUAAAAAUCUGGAAGAAAAACUGAAAAUGUCAAAUUUUUUUAGCAUCGACCUGCUGAGCGAGGGUUACAGCCAAACUGAACCUUUUAUAGACUGAAGGUGUUGCUCUCUCUGGAUGUGUUCACUGUCUCAACUGUUGUUUUUCCUGCAGCAGAGUUUUUAUUAAAAACUGAACUGAAUUUAACAUUAGAAAAUAAAAGUGAUGAAAAUGG